AUGCCCCUUACCAGCGUUCAUCAUCAUUGCCAGUGCCCUCUACUGCUAUCACUACCAUACAACGACCCUCCUACAGCCAUCAGCCUAUUCUGGCCAUUGUACAGAUCUCCUGUGGCCCUCGCCAGCCUCCACGACUCUUUCCCUGUGGCCCUCCUACUCUCGUCAACCUCAACAUCUGCGCCCUACACUCUCCUCACGCUCAGUCCUCAGCAGGUGGCCCUCAUCAGCUUACGUGGCUCUCUUUUCCAGUCCUCCCACCCUCAUCAACCUUGGCACCCAGCACUCUCCUCACCCUCAGUCUCAGUUUUCAGCAGACGGCCCAUGUUUGGUGGAUCUUCGAGGAAAGUUGCUGGACUCUCCAAGGCCGUGACUACUCAUGGAUUCAAAUGCUCAAUUCGAACAUCUGGGGUACUGACAGCUGGGAAACAAGGUCAGAGAAAAGAGGAGACUGAUGCGAAGCGACGAUUGCACAUACAGGACAUGUCCAACGAUGAUCGAGACAUUGUUGAGAGCAUGUUUUCUCCCUUUGCUCUCCUCUCCCUCGGUCUCAGUCUUGGUGGCUACUGCCCUUUCACACUCCCAGCCAUUUCAACUUGA